GGAGCGCCGCGCCGCCCAGGCGCGCCGGCUCGAGUGCGCAGCGAGCAGCAUGAGCGCCACGCACCGCGUCGCCAUCCGCGGCCCCGGGCCGUGGGGCUUCCGCCUGGUCGGAGGCAAGGACUUCGAGCAGCCGCUCACCGUCUCCCGGGUAACGCCUGGCAGCAAAGCUGCACUGGCCAAUUUAUGCACUGGAGACAUCAUCGUGGCCAUUGAUGGGGAGAGCACGGAGAACAUGACUCACCUGGAAGCACAGAACAAAAUCAAGGGCUGCGUAGAUGAAAUAACUCUAGCAGUGGGCAGAAUGGAGUCAAGAAUUUGGUCACCCCUGGUUACCGAGGAAGGGAAAACCAACCCGUACAAGAUGAAUCUGGCUUCCCAGCCACAGGACGUACAACAUAUUGGAAGUUCACACAACCGGAGCGCGACCCCGUUCACUGCUGGUGGUGGUUCGCCCAAAGUCGUCACUGCUCAGUACAACAACCCCUCGAGCCUGUACUCCUCAGAAAACCUGCAGACCUUCAACCAUUCGGUGGAGUCCAGGUCACCUGCUGGUGACCAGGAGCCCAGUAAGAACUUGAACCAUCUUAACCAGCCUCCCAGUAACUUAGCGGUUGACAAAGACUCUGAGGUUUACAAGAUGCUGCAGGAGAACCAAGAUUCAAAUGAGCCUCCCCGGCAAUCCGCCUCAUUCUUGGUGCUACAGGAAAUGUUAGAAUCAGACGGAAAAGGAGACCCCAAUAAGCCUUCUGGAUUUAGAAGUGUAAAAGCUCCAGCAACCAAAAUAGCAGCAUCCAUUGGAAAUUCCCAGAAGCUGUCCAUUUGUGGGAAGUGUGGAUCCGGCAUUGUCGGCGUCUUUGUGAGGAUCCGGGACAAGCAGCUGCACCCCGAGUGCUACGUCUGCAGCGACUGCGGCACGAACCUCAAGCAAAAGGGGCACUUCUUUGUGGAGGAGGCCAUCUACUGCGAGAAGCACGCUCGCGAGCGGGUCACCCCUCCCGAAGGAUACGAAGUGGUCACCGUGUUUCCAAACUAAGCCGAAGCAGCAGCGCUCGUGUCCCGGAGAACGCUGCCUGCCUCCACCUCUGGAUUCUCGGUGCAGAAGUCUCAGAAGGCUUCUUGCCACUUGCCACCGAAUACCACAGAGAGUGACAUGUUGGUGAUUUUUCUAGCUCUAAGGAAACAGCCCUUUUCUUGCUGCCUCCCUCCGCAAAAGGACUGCCAGCCACUAUCGGAUGCCGUAAUGCCAAAGCACAACACUUUUCUUAUGUUCCUAUUCAAUAAAGUGCUUGACUCAAAUCGC